AUGCAUUCAAAACCAUUCCCAUGUCGCUUCCCACCGUGCAACGCGAGCUACCAGCGAAAGGAGCACCGUCGUCGCCACGAGGCGCGCCAUUCCCGAGGCCAAGUAUUCAAGUGCACUACUUGUGACCAGCAAUUUGGCCGGAGUGACACGCUCCGGCGACAUAUGCGGUCGAUGCACGGCGUGGAGGCGCCGGCCCGUAUAAAGUUCGCAUGUACAAGCUGUCGAAAUCAGAAGGCUCGAUGCCAGGGUGGGUCACCGUGUAGUAAUUGCCUUCGUCGUGGACUGCAAUGUUCUUUGGCGCAAGAGGAUGAAGAUGAAGGACAGCAGAUUGGCGAUCUCAGCGGUUCGACAGACUCAGGACCAGUGGCGCAUCCGAGUCCGACCCACCCAAAAGCGAGUCGCUCCGAAAAGGAAAGACAUUAUAUCAGCCUUUAUUUCAGGCUGUUCCAUCCGUAUUGGCGCUUCAUUCACCAGGGCUCGUUCAAAGAAUCGGCGGAGACCCCCUUGCUUGUCCAGUCAAUGAUUGUUAUCGGCUUGUGGCUGAGUAACGAGGACAAUGCGCAGUCGCGAGCGAUUGCGUUGCAUAAUGUCCUGAGUUCGGCUAUACAUCAACAAAGGGAGAUAUGGGAUGCUUCGGAGUCCGAGGCCGCAUGCAGUUCCUGUUCCUGGCCUAUCCCGACAUAUCAGGCCAUCUUGCUCCAUAUUAUUUUUGCUAUACUAUAUAAAGAUCGUGGCGCGCUGGGCCUCGACCUGAGGCCUGCUUUAUCGGCCGCGGAUGCCGAAUUGCUUCGCAGGCUAGUCGUGAGUUGCAAAAAGCUGGGGAUGCUCUACUAUCCAAACAUGCUCGCGCGAUACUGCCGGAAUGAUCUUCCUUCGUACGUCUGGGUAAGCAUUGAAGAAGUGAAGCGAUUCAACAUUGCUCUAUAUAAAGUGUGCACGGCAUGCAGUGGAAAGGGGUGUGGACAAGGUGUCCUGGAUACAACCAAGGCAUCGAGCAGGGAGCUUCGGGCACAGGAUUUACAAUUUCCCUUGCCAAAGAACACUCCAUUGUGGAACGCCGUAGGCAGAGCGGACUGGGUCUCUGUUGCGACAGAGGAGGUGCACCGCCACAUCUUGGAUGAGACUUUGGAACACGAAUGGAUCUCCAAGUCAGCACAUGUCUUGGAGGCUCUAGAUGCAGCUUGA